UCCUUACCCAAAAAUGAAUUUCAGAUCAUGUAAAUCUUGUGCUCAUUUUUUCAAUAAAAUCAAAUGUUUGACGCGAUCUAAAACAGUCAAACACAAAUAUACAACGUUUUGUUUCAGUUCAGCAGUAGCUACGAAGUUGUCAUGUGAUGGAAGGCGUAAAAUACAGGAGCCCGAUGCAUCUAAGCUAACAAGAGAAUAUCUUAUACAUUCAUCGAGUAUAUCGACUGCAGAAAAUGCUGUUACACUUCUCACACAAACUGCUCUGGCUCUACAACAUGCAGAUUCAGAAUAUAAGGAGGCUUUGUUGGCAUUAGUAUUUCUGCUUGAACUUAAGCUCACCAUUCUUGGCAAUUCCCAAGAAGAAGCUAGAUUAUGGGAUCUUGUUCUUGAAGGACGAAGUCUUGUUGCCAGUAGUAAGAAGAAAAGAGAUGAUUUAGAGAUGUUGUUUAGCAGGUGUCAAGCACUAGUAAAUAAUGCAGCAGAAAUUUCAUACAUGACAGGAGCUGACAUUAUUGGUAAUAGUGUUGGAGACAGAUUAAACAAGCUAGAGAUGGUGAUAACAGAAGAGAGAUUGAAAAGUGAGCAGGCAGAGAAAAGGCUACAAGAAACAGAAAUAAAAUCUAUAAAUGCUGAAGGAAAGUAUGCAGAAGAACAUGCAGAUGAACUUGAGAUAGAACGACAAAAAGUGGUACAGAUUUUAACAGCUAGUAAUUCUGAAGAAGAGUUAAAAGGACAGGAAACAGAAGGCAGAGAAAGUAGGGAACCAGACAUUACUGAUAUAUUAGACAAUGCUAGUGACAAUUUAACAGAUAAUGCUGCUGAAGAAAUAUAAUAAUACAUGAUGGAAAUUUUAUGGAGAUACUAAGAUCUGAGGUGAAAAAUGUUUUGAGCUUAAGCAUAGGAUGCUGGCAGUGUUGGAUAUUUAGAACAAGUGUACAAGAUUGGAACAAGUAUACAAUAUAAGAACUAGUGUACAAGAUUAGAAAAAGUGUAUAAACUUAGAACAAGUAUACAAAAUAAGAACAAGUAUAUAAGAUUUGAACAAGUGUACAAGAUUAUACAAAAGAAGAAGUAUACACUAUAAGAACAAAUAUACAAGAUAAGAACAAGUGUACAAAAUUAGAACAAGUAUACAAAAGAAGAAGUAUAUAAGAUUAGAACAAUUAUACAAGAUAAGAACAAGUAUGCAAGAUUAGAACAAGUGUUCAAUAUUAGAACAAAUAUACAAGACAGCUGCAUUAUAAAAUAUUUGAGUCACUACACGCUUCAGUGAUUUUGGUUGAGAAAUUGUUAUUGUUCCUUUUUGAGAGCCAACUCGUUAAACCGUUCUAUAGUAUAACUUGCAUGAAGCUCUACCAAAGUUGUUCAAAGAAUUAAAUUCCAUUAAAUGCCAUGGCAACGGAAAGAUUUUUUUACAAAAAAUCUUAAAAAUCUUGUAAAAAAACGAAAGAGCUAGAGCUUAGAUAUUUGGCAUGAAACAUCUUCUAAUGGAUGUCUACCAAGUUUGUUCAAAUAAAUACCCUAGGGUCAAAAUUGACCCCGCUCCAGGGGUCAUUGAUUUUCCUUAAAUGUAUAUAGUAAAAACUAAAAAAAAAUCUUUUUGUGACAAUCCAAAAGCGCUACAGCUUAGAUAUUUGGAAAAAUGAAACACCUUCUCCAAGUUUGUUCAAAUAAAAGUCCUAGGGUCAAAACUGGCCCGCCCCAGGGGUUUAUUGAUUUUCAUUAGAUAUACAUGUAAUUAGUAAAAACUUAAAAAAAUAUUCUUUUGAAAAUCCAAAAGAGUAAGAGCUUGGAUAUUUUGCAUGAAACAUGUUCUAGUGUAUAUCUUUCAUAACCCCUAGGGUCAAAAUUGGUAUAUUAAUAUGUAUUCUAUGAUGUCAUAAUAGUUACAUAUAUAUUCCUAUGAUUUUAUUGCAGUUACAUUUACAUAUGUAUUCCAUGAUGUCCUUAUAGUUACAUAUGUAUUCUAUGAUAUCAUUAUAGUUACAUAUGUAUUCUAUGAUGUCCUUAUAGUUACAUAUGUAUUCUAUGAUGUCCUUAUAGUUACAUAUGUAUUCUAUG